AUACCCAUAUAUAACCAACUUACUGAUCUUCAGAUAUUCUUUUAGGAUUCUGCCGCCACCGCCUGCCUUCUCUUUUCGACCCAAAAUCUUUGUUCUCUUGCCUUCUGAUUUUAUUUUUCUUUCAUUCAGAGUGUACCAAUCUCUUCUUUUGGGUGACUGUUCAGUGGAAAUGGAAGUGGAUGCAGGAGAUGAUGGACGCAUUAGAACAGGAACCUUGGGAACGGCAACAGCACAUGCUUUUACAGCAGUCGUUGGUGCAGGCAUAUUAGCAUUGCCAUGGAGUGUGGCUCAAUUGGGUUGGAUUCUUGGAUCUUUUGUUCUCGUCACCUUCGCCAUUAUCACUUAUUAUACAGCUAUCCUUCUAUGUGAUUGCUAUAGAACUCCCGACCCACUUACAGGAAGAAGAAACUACACAUAUAUUGAUGCUGUGAGGUCACUUUUAGGUCCAAGAAAUGAACUUAUUUGUGGUGUACUGCAAUACACACUACUUUGGGGCACAAUGAUUGGUUACACUGUUACAACUGCCACUAGUGUAGCGACUGCAAAGAGGAUAACAUGUUUUCAUGCAAAGGGACAUGCAGCACAUUGUGGGGUGUCAGGAAAUCUAUAUAUGCUGGUAUUUGGAGCACUGCAAAUAAUUCUUUCUCAAUGUCCCAACUUGGAAAAAGUGUCUAUUCUUUCAGCAGUUGCUUCUCUUACAUCACUUGCAUAUUCAUCCAUCGCAUUGUGUCUAUCUAUUGCAAAACUUGCCUCAAACCGUGAGUUUAAAGGAAGUCUCAUGGUAGCUAUGGGUGACAAUAGCAAGGUCACUGAUGCUGCAUCAACAAAAACUUGGCAUGUUUUUCAAGCUCUUGGUAAUGUUGCUCUUGCCUAUACUUUCUCCCAGCUACUAUUAGAAAUUCAGGACACCUUAAAGCCACAUCCGCCAGAAAACAAAGUAAUGAAGAAAGUUACAAUGUAUGCCAUUGGUGGAACAACAUUGUUUUACCUAUCUCUGGGAUGCUUGGGCUAUGCUGCAUUUGGAAAUGAUAUUCCUGGAAAUAUACUUGCUGGAUUCUAUGAACCAUUUUGGCUUGUCGACAUUGCCAAUCUUUCCGUAGUUAUACAUUUGGUUGGUGCUUAUCAAGUGUUUGGCCAACCAAUUUUCGCUAUCAAUGAGAAGCUGCUUGCCUCAAAAUACCCAACAUCAUCUUUUGCUACUACUUACACCCUCAGAUUGCCAUAUAUGAAUAAGUUUGGAUUUAGCUUUAGCCUAAGUAGGCUAUUACUUAGAACAUUUUUUGUCAUUUUGACAACUGCAGUUGCAAUGAUGCUUCCAUUUUUCAAUGCAAUUCUGGGUCUUCUAGGAGCUGUUUCAUUUUGGCCAUUAACAGUCUACUUUCCAUUGAGCAUGUACAUGAAGCAAGCAAACAUCAAGAGAGGGAGCAGUCGUUGGGUGAGUUUUCAAGCUUUGAGCUUGGUUUGUGGGAUUGUCACUCUCAUUUCAGGUUUAGGUUCAGUUGCUGGUAUGUUAGAGAGUCUUAAGAAAGCCAAGCUAUUUCACAUUAAUUUGUAAGCUUUAUGUCAGAAAUAAUAAUAACACAAAUGGUUACUGAAUUUUUCAUUUAAUUUUUUAAUUCAUUUUAUUUUAAUCA